AACAACAGCGUAAAUCUAUUUACGCUAUUGUUGCAGUGCCAUCUUUUUUGAAAUCUACUCAGUCUCCGCUAUCCAGUAAUCUGGGUCUUAGUUCUGUAUACCUCUCCUAGAGGUCAUCAGCUUACGAAGUGGACAGCUGUGCGUGCCACGAUUAUUUCACGGAACCAAGCAAUCUCGCAUUAGUGGCGUUAGUUGGAGAACAUGGCAGCGACAUGUGAGAUGUCUGCAGAUGUAAGUGUAAUAAAUAAUUACUGAGAAUCCUACACAAGUGAAGGUGAUUCAGAUAACUGCAGUAAAAAGGAAGACACAGGUGUUGAAAUUUGUGAACCUUUGUGUAAACGUAGAAUAUGGAAACGAGACAUUAGGGCUUGGAAAAGAAGUAUCGCAAAACGUGACAGAAACCGCGAGAAAAGUUACAUUCUCUUACGAUUGGAAAUGAAGUGGAAAAGAAGAGGUUCUAGAAAGCCGACAAAUGCUGCAGACAAAGGUCAGCGGCAGCGGACGGCAGCUUCUCAGUGGUGUGGAACGUGCCUACCUUCAUGUGCCGACGCUAUUGGAGCGCAGGCAGCAACCCGUUCUCGACGCUGACCGCGGACUGGGACAUCGAGCAGAACGCGCGCGACAACUUCCGCGGGGACAAGGUGACCAUCCUGUACGACCCGGGCUGGUUCCCCGCGCUGCUCAAGGACAGCAGCGGCAAGCUGCAGCCGCGCAACGGAGGCGCUCCGCAGGCCGGAAACCUCUCCGCGCACCUCGCCGCCUUCUCAGCGGAGCUCGACCAGCUCGUCCCGGAUCAAGAGUUUGCCGGUAUUGGAGUUAUAGAUAUGGAAUCCUGGCGUCCAGUGUGGAAACAGUUGUUUGGUUCUUAUGCACCAUAUCCGGAAUUUUCUAGAAAAUUAGUGAGGUCCCAACAUCCAUUCUGGAGCAAAUCAAGCGUAGAGAAAGCGCAGGCAAGACAUGAUUUUGAAAAGGGAGCUCGCGAAUUUAUGGAGACAACACUAGAACUGGCGAGACAGCAGCGACCGUUGGCUCAGUGGGGCUAUUACGCAUACCCGUACUGCUUCAACUACAGAGAGCAGAACUGUUCACGUGAUGUGGAAAAGCAGAAUGAUGGGAUACAGUGGCUCUUCGAUGAGAGCACUGCGCUAUUUCCUUCCCUGUAUUUAAGCAAGUCAUCGAAGUCAACACCAGAACAUGUACCAUUUAUGCUUGGACGUCUAUUGGAAGCGCGAAGAGUUGCACAAAGGACACCACGCAUUGUUGGUCCUCGAAUUUAUCCUUACGUGUGGUACAGGUACCAUGACUCAACAGACUUCCUCACUCAUGAGGAUCUUUACAACUCUCUCGCAAUUCCAAAGAAUCUUGGGAUGAAUGGUGCCAUAAUUUGGGGAAGCUCAAAAGAUGUAAAUAGCAAGAAGAAAUGUGAAGAUCUGGCAAACUAUGUAAAAACUGAACUAGGUCCAACUGUAAAAAAUUUAAUGGACAUAAGUAACAUGCCAUGAAAGAAAACAGUAAUUACCCUUUACUGCUUGCCACUCAUGGUUACUUCGCAGUAACUUUUUGUUAUUUCACUGACACUGUCUGUGAUAAAAUUAAAUAUUGGUUCAUUUUAGGAACAAAAUGGAUACAUUUUCUUCUGCAGUAAAACAUUUUUGUAUAAAUACAAAGACUGUGAACCUAUGAAGCAUCAGUAAAUCUUAAAAUAUUUUGUGCUUGUAUGCAACUUGUUGUGUUUGUAUCUAUGUGUUUGUAUAUGGUGUUCUUUUAGCCUCAUAAUGAUAUACACCUUGAUUUGUACCUGAUUAGUUCUGCUCUCAUGUAAAUAAUUCAUGAUGCAGGCCAUUUUGUAAUAAAUA